AUGUCCUCUCUUUUCCGCCAAAUGGUGUGGGAUGGUACAGUACCUCUCGCCAUCAAACUCGCCCCGAGUUCACUGCCAUCCUCGUCUGACCGUAUGCUUGACACAUAUUUCAUCCAAGCACCGAGGAUAUCAUACCUUCCUCUUUUGAUUCCAGAAAUUCGCCAAAAUUUGUGUGACCUUGUUCUCGAUGAGGCAACAGCCGCGGCUUUAAGGGAAGAGGAUUGGUGGUUUGAAACUGAGAAAGACAACGUACUAAAGUGGCAUUGGCCGAUCGGGUUAUUAUACGACGCACACUUUACUACCAUGUCUGCUUCAGAAUCGUGCUUCCUGCCUUCAGCCUCGAGCCUGUCCCCGCCCAUGCCUAUUACUUUGUAUCUGUCGAACCCUCCUGCAGAUAAAUUGCUCUUGACGCCAUCUGUGGAAUCACUGAAGUCUUCCUUCAUGUCACAAUGUAAGGAAGCUGAUUUCCUUCGUUGGGGAAGCACCAGACGCAUGACCGGACUACGCAAGACUGAGCAAGACGGCCUCUGGGAUGCAAUCCGAGAGCACAAUUACGAUAACUUUUGGAAAAUAGGCUCGAAAAUAUUGCCGAACCCAAACCCGCCUUCACCGUUACUCAACUCGUCCCCUCCGACUCCAAAUCCAGAUGGCACAGGUGCUGCCACAACCACCAACGACGCAUACGCAGUUCGCUCUAUUCCACUGCGAUUAUUCCUUCCAAACGCUCCAGUCAUACAGGACUUAUGUUCCCCUGUGACGCAAAAUGGGGUGCACACGACCCUAGGGGACCUCCUCUCAGCGUCUUUCCCCCUAUUAUUUUCCAAAGGCGCGAACAUACAGAACACCAGCAUAUCAGGCGCAUAUGCAGUCGUUCAAGGAAUGGAACCACCGUUGGAAACGGAAGUAGGCUGGCUUGGGGCGUCAUUGGCCGGUGCAGAUGGUUGGGUGAAUGUGUGUGUUGGUUUACGCGCGUAAUUAUUUCCUGGAUGACAGAAUGAAUUGUUC